AUGUACCAGUUUCCAAUCGGUUUCAUCCCCACCAUCGAGGAUCUGCUCGAGGACAACAAUUGCCCCGAGCCCGUGGAUCCAGCCGAGGCCAAGGUUCUUGAACCCAAGCAUCAACGCAAGUUUUGCACUCCGUCCAAGCACUUUUUGGGAACCAAUGCCAACACACGUGAUGACGAUUCUGAACAUCAAACUGAAUCAGAUGAUGACCGAUUGCGAGAUCCACUCCCAUUGACUUGGGGGGCGACCCCACCAGCAGCAGCACCUGGCAAUCUCACCACGAUUGGUGCUGGCUUGAUUGCUGAAGUCCAAGCGCAGUUGAACCUCACUGAGGCCAACUUGCAACUCGCCAAUCGACUCUUUCAAGCCACAGAAGAGGAGAAGUGGCGCCUCAACGUUCUUUUUUUUGUGUAUUUCCUUGGUAAAACCCCCACUGCGGGGCAGUUGGAUUCUCCUGUGGUGUCUACAGGUGCCAUGCCAGGGCAGCCGACACCAUUCACCUUUUCAAAUCAUAUCAAGUGUUUCAUGCGGGACAAGCUGCGUCAGAUCUUGGUCAAGGCAAAUGUCAAUGCCUAUACCCGAACCAUGACCUUAUCAGACUCAACCCCAAUCAGGCGCACUCCUUUGCUCCUGCUUAAACUCCUCUACAACAUCAAGGAAAUGAAUCACCGGCCUAUCGACGGCGCUGUUCCAAGCUUGGAUGCCCUGGUUGUUGUGAUCGAUCACAAUAUGGCCUUGCGCAAACAGUUGAGAGCCGUAGACGAGAUACAACGAAGUUAUCCUGACAAUGUCAAGACACGCCUGGCUUUUUUGCGCCUCUAUACCGUUGUACACCUCAUUCAUCGAGACCCCACACAGAACAUAUCGCAGUGGGAGAUGAUUGACCAACAAAUUGAAUAUGUCAAGAAACAAAGCGAUCUUUACCGUAUUGCGUAUGGUCGGGUAGUCCGAGCAAUUGACCACGAGCUUUUUGGCCAGAAGAAGAAUUUUGAUUGCAUCAACCAUGAAGAGAUCCGAGUUCCCAGUGAGGAAGAUGUAGAGGAAGAAAUCCGCCGCAUGUCUACUGGGGACCGAAGUGAAGGCCAAUCCAACCCUUUUGGUUGAGGGUGUGGACCUACCGGUGUAAUUCCCCAACACAACCAUUUUGCCUUCUGUUUCCUUCUGCUCACCCUUACUUCAAAAAAAAAGAGUAGUGG